CUCUUCUUUUUCCCUUUUUAUCCUUUUUUUUCUUUCUCUCUCUCUUUGGAGUAUUAUCUUUUUAAAUAAUUGUUCUUUUUUAAAAAAUCAACAGACCUUUUUCUAUCUUCCUUUUUUCGUCGUUUCUGUCGUCUUUUUCAUUUAUUGGUCUCUCUCUCUCUCUCCUUUUCAUGGACAUGCACCGAAGCGACAAAGCUUUCUAACAGUUAGGGCUUUUCAUCCAUGGUGGAUUUCUUCUACAAUUGAUAAUUAUUUUUCCAUCUUCUUUCCUUAGUCCAUAGAAUUUCAUGAAUUUCAACGGUUUUCUCGGCGACGGUUCUUCCGGAGAUAGAGCCGCGAAGCUAAUCUCCGACGUUCCGUACAGUGACCACUUCCCUUUCUCCGCCGCAGCCACCAUGCUCGGAACUUCCAUUUCUCCGCCUCACCAUAGCCGCAUAACUCAUUCUCGCCCCUUCUCCUCUCACGGUCUCUCCCUUGGACUCCAAACAAAUGGAGUAAACAACGGAGAAAUCAGUAAAAGCCGAGAGAUUUUUGAGCCAAAUGUAAAUCGUAGGAGUAGAGGAGAAGACGCAGAAAGCAGAUCUGAGAGCGAUAACGCUGAAGCAGGUUCUGGUGACGACUUAGAAGCCGACGAUAAACCUCCGAGGAAGAAGAAACGUUACCACCGUCACACUCCAAAACAAAUACAGGACCUCGAAUCGGUUUUCAAAGAGUGUGCACAUCCCGACGACAAGCAGCGUCUCGAUCUCAGCCGUCGUCUUAACUUGGACCCCCGUCAAGUCAAAUUCUGGUUCCAGAAUCGCCGUACUCAGAUGAAGACUCAAAUCGAACGCCAUGAGAAUGCUUUGUUGAGGCAAGAGAACGAUAAGCUCCGAGCGGAGAAUAUGUCAGUACGCGAAGCCAUGAGAAACCCUAUGUGCGGCAACUGCGGCGGACCCGCCGUCCUCGGUGAGAUUUCCAUGGAAGAGCAACACCUUAGAAUCGAAAACGCACGCCUCAAAGACGAAUUAGACCGAGUCUGCGCCUUAACCGGUAAAUUCCUUGGCCGGUCUGUACCAUCACCCACCGGUUCACUUCAUAUACCGGACUCAGCACUCGUCCUCGGCGUUGGCGUCGGUGCCGGUGGCUGUAACGGAGGUGGUUUCACUCUCUCCUCGCCGCCGCUGCCUCAAGCUUCUCCCAGAUUUGAGAUUUCAAACGGUACCGGUUCUUGCUUGACUACGGUUAACCGUCAACCACCGGUUAGCAUGAGUGAUUAUGAUCAGAGAUCAAGGUAUCUGGACCUGGCCCUUGCGGCUAUGGACGAGCUUGUGAAGAUGGCUCAGACACGCGAGCCGCUCUGGGUUCGAAUGUUGGAGACUGGGUUCGAAAUGCUUAACAAGGAAGAGUACGACACAAGUUUCAGCCGGUGUGUUGGACCAAAACAAGAUGGGUUCGUCUCAGAAGCUUCUAAAGAAACUGGAACCGUCAUCAUCAAUAGCUUAGCCCUCGUCGAAACCUUGAUGGACUCGGAACGAUGGGCAGAAAUGUUUCCGUGUAUGAUCUCAAGAACUUCAACUACGGAAAUCAUCUCUAGUGGCAUGGGAGGGACACGAAAUGGUGCACUUCACCUGGUAACGUGGAUCGAGCACACCGAGUAUGACGAAAACCGCAUCCACCGUUUAUACCGCCCGUUACUAAGCUGCGGCCUAGCGUUUGGGGCACAGCGAUGGAUGGCUGCUUUACAACGUCAAUGCGAAUGCCUCACCAUUCUCAUGUCCUCCACUGUUUCACCUUCACGUAGCCCCACCCCCAUAAGCUGCAUUGGGAGAAAGAGCAUGCUAAAGCUAGCGAAGAGGAUGACAGAUAAUUUCUGCGGAGGUGUUUGUGCAUCGUCGUUACAGAAAUGGAGCAAACUUAACGUCGGUAACGUUGACGAGGACGUUAGGAUCAUGACUAGGAAGAGCGUAAACGAUCCCGGUGAACCGCCCGGGAUCAUUUUAAACGCUGCGACGUCCGUUUGGAUGCCGGUUUCUCCGCGGCGGUUGUUCGAUUUCCUUGGAAAUGAACGGCUGAGAUCUGAAUGGGAUAUCUUAUCCAACGGCGGGCCCAUGCAAGAGAUGGCCCAUAUCGCUAAAGGCCAUGACCAUUCGAACUCCGUCUCCCUCCUCCGUGCCACCGCCAUAAAUGCGAAUCAGAGUAGUAUGCUGAUACUACAGGAGACAAGCAUAGACGCUGCAGGAGCGGUUGUGGUGUACGCGCCCGUCGAUAUCCCCGCAAUGCAAGCUGUAAUGAACGGUGGUGAUUCAACUUACGUGGCACUGCUUCCCUCAGGAUUCGCCAUUCUCCCGAGCGCUCCACAACGCUGCGCCGCAGAGGAACGUAACGGUAACUCUAACGGUAACGGUGGGUGCAUGGAGGAAGGAGGGUCGUUACUAACGGUGGCGUUUCAGAUUCUGGUGAAUAGUUUGCCAACGGCUAAGCUCACGGUGGAAUCUGUUGAGACGGUUAAUAAUCUGAUAUCGUGCACCGUACAGAAGAUUAAAGCUGCUCUUCAUUGUGAUAGCACCUGAUUGAGAUCGGACGGUGUGUAUUGAGUCAAGAACGAACCUCAUUUUCUGUGAAGUCCGUGGUGUGAUGGUUCGGGUAUUGACUCGAUAAAAUAUGAACAAACAAACAAACAAAAACUUUAAAUUCGGAUGGUUUCAUUUUAAAUGUAAUGUUGUUUUGUUUUGUAUUGACUCGAUCAAAUCUGAAAAGCAUUUAAUGAAACGCCAAUCUUUUUUAUAUUGAACUAUCGAUUCUUUCAUCUA